CUAUGCCCCAUCCUCUCUCUUUCUCUCUCUUCAUCCACAUGUAUUGUCCAUCUCUCAACAUUAUUUGCACAAGGAGCUAUAACUGAAAUCUGAGCUAGAGCUGUGAAAUGGAUUUGAACGUGAAAGACUUUAAUAACAGAACAGCUACAAAAGAAGAGAAUAGCACAUUGGAUACAACAACCACCAAUUUUCCUGCAUGGGAGGAUUAUAACAGCAGUGUGGACGACAUACGAUACUUUCUAAUUGGGCUGUACACCUUUGUAAGCCUGCUCGGAUUUAUGGGGAAUCUCCUUAUUCUCUUGGCUAUUUUCAGAAAGCGCAAACAGAAGACAAUAAUUAACUACCUCAUUGGAAACCUAGCCUUUUCAGAUAUUCUGGUCGUACUCUUUUGUUCUCCCUUUACAUUGACCUGUGUCUUACUUGACCAAUGGAUCUUUGGUGAAGUCAUGUGUCAUGUUGUGCCUUUUCUCCAAUGUGUUUCUGUUCUCAUCUCCACCUUAAUGCUCAUGUCUAUUGCCUUGGUGAGAUACCAUAUGAUUAAACAUCCUCUCUCCACCAAUUUAACUGCCAAUCAUGGGUACUUUUUGAUUGCCACUGUCUGGACUCUAGGCUUCACAAUAUGUUCUCCUUUGCCAGUUUUUCAUAAAAUUAUAAAUUUGAGAGAAGCGUUCAACUUAGAGCCCUUGAUGAAUAGUUACCUGUGCAUUGAGUCCUGGCCCUCUGAUUCAUACAGAAUUGCCUUCACUAUAUCAUUAUUACUUGUGCAGUACAUAUUGCCACUGUCCUGUUUAACAAUAAGUCAUACAAGUGUAUGCCGGAGUAUAAGUUCAAGGUUAUCAAAAAGAGAUGUUAAAGUUGAAGAAAAUGAAAUGAUUAAUCUGACCCUUCAGCAUCCUAAAACUAACAGAUCUGUUGUGGAAAUCUGUAGUAGUCGAAGGUGGAGCAACUCUUGUGUUCGCAAACACAGAAAGCGAUACAGCAAAAAAUCAGCCAGUGUUGUCCCAGCAAUUCUGAGAAGACACCAAGAGAGUAACACUGGGGAUAUCCCAGAAACAUCAACCACAGAAAGGAGUCAUACCUUGCCCUCUAGUGUUCACACUUUACCUUCCACUGUUUAUUUACCUGGAGUACCCAUAUGCUUUGAAAUGAAGCCGGAAGAGAAUUCUGAACUAAGCAACAUGAACUCUGUCUCAAAAUCCAUAACCCGAAUAAAAAAAAGAUCUAGGCGUGUUUUCUGCAGGCUGACAGUAUUGAUCUUGGCUUUUGCUGUCAGUUGGAUGCCACUUCACCUUUUUCACCUUGUAACUGAUUUUAAUGCCAACCUCAUUUCCAAUCGACAUUUCAAAUUAGUUUAUUGCAUCUGUCACUUGCUUGGUAUGGUCUCCUGUUGUCUAAAUCCCAUACUCUAUGGAUUUUUAAAUGAUGGCAUUAAGGCAGAUUUGAUGUCUCUCAUCCAGUGUUUCCAGAUAUCAUAGGCUGGAAUCCAGCUAUUAUUUUAUUUCCUGUAAAACUAAGAUGCAAAAAGUAACUACAGGGUUGAGUCAGACACAAGUUGAUCUAGACUAAAACUUAGCCAUGCGCUAGCAUAAAUAUCCAGUACUUACCUGCUGAACGUUAGUCAUCAACUAAUGUUAUCAUCACAUAAAAUGUAUAUUUGCAGACAGGUUUACAGUAUGGCAUAUGAUCUCCAUGAGGUCAUUUUCUAUUUUUUUUACAAAUGUAAAAAUAGCAUACAGUAUGUACAACUCUUGUUUUUGUUC